AGAGCAGUCAAACUUCACAGGGAAUGGGGUGGAAAGCGGGAGGGACGGACUCAAACGCAGGAAGGAUUAAAUGAGAGAGCGAGAGAUAGUGAGAGAGAGCAAGAGAGAGAGAGAGAGUGAAAGACGGCAAGAGAGACAGCGUGAGAGAAAGAGCGAGAGAGAGAGAGAGCUAGAGAGAGAGAGAGAGAGAGCUAGAGAGAGAGAGAGAGAGAGAUAGUGAGAGAGCUAGAGAGAGAGAGUCAGAUGCGUAGUGUAGCGUUGGGAUAGGACCAGAAGAAGCUCCACACGCGACUCAACGCAGAGCAGCCACACAGAGACGAAGUCACAACCCUCCAUCACACUCUUCUCACUGGAUACUACAGCAACCUGUCCUAUCAUAGAUGUCUCACUGGAUACUACAGCAACCUGUCCUAUCAUAGAUGUCUCACUGGAUACUACAGCAACCUGUCCUAUCAUAGAUGCUUCACUGCAUACUACAGCAUAUCAUCAUCCUAAACUGUAGCAUACUACAGACAACCUGAGCAGAGGAAAAUACUCAACUAGUUUUACAACUUUUCUUUUGGACACCGGUGUCUCAGAUGAAAUCCCCUGACGAUGGAGUCGAUUAUUAAUUAAGUUUAUUCCCACAGAGUGUGCCGCUUAUAUUUUCUAAAGACUCCUCCCUGUGUGAUCGGAGGAGAAGACGGGAGGACGGAAGAUUCUUGAGGUUUUGGUUUGUAGGUUACCAGCCUACUAUCAAGGAGAAUGAGUAUUUUUUCUAUAAUGGAUACUGGGCUCCCGAGGAGGGUGUUUCUAUAAAUAAUUAUUGGGCUUCGUUUCGAUAAAUCAUCCGUCAGCUCAAGGAGAGAGAAGAUUGUUUUGUAUUGACCGAGAGAGAGAGAGAGAGAGAGGGGUGAGUGAAACCUGAACUGCCUGUCUGUGCAGCUGGCUAUAUGAAUGUGUUAAGUGGGCUGGACAGAAUGCUGACUUUUUUUUUUCCAAACCCAUCCCUCGUUCUCUCUGUGCCCGUACUAUCAGUCGCAGGCAGCUGGGUUAGUGACUUGUCUGACUGGAUAAAAGGACAUUAGAUUAUAACGUAAAGAAAAAGGAGAGGAGACGGCAGUGGACUACGGCUUCCCCAGACAUGGUGGUGACAUCAACAAGCUAAGAAGAGAACUACAACUGUCCAUUUCCGUGGACCGUAAAGAUGAUAAAUGGACAAUAAAGUAUUCUUCUUCUAAACGGAGAAAGAACUACAACGGAAUUGCUUGUCUAUAAAGCUUAUCGAGGACCAUUAAGAGAGAGGACUCCAGUAGGACUCUAGCAGCCACGUGUUUUUAUUAUAGCUCUGAAGACAGAGGAAGUCGUCAGACCAGCGUACAGUUUAAACAGGGUGUCUGAUGAGUACUGCCACAGCAACAGUUCCAGGAGUGGAUUUAAUGAGACACUGACAUGAUAUUUAUGGACUUUGAGUAGGUGAGGAGUAUAAACUUAAUCCACUUUCAGCUACUGAGCUGUGAUGCAGAAGUACAUUAACCCUAAUCCACUUUCAGCUAUCACUGAGCUGUGAUGCAGAUGUACAGUACAUCCCCAGAGCCAAAUAAUGAUCAUGGGCAUUUCGUCAGGGAUCAAACCCAACCAGGGCAGGGACUGAGUGACUUUUGAGGCCCAAACCCAACCAGGGCAGGGACUGAGUGACCUUUGAGGCCCAAACCCAACCAGGGCAGGGACUGAGUGACCUUUGGGGCUAUUGAACUAGUUAUUUUCUCCUCUCUGCUUUUCCGGCCAAGUGGAAAGGCAGGCUGUUCUGGCAGUUGUCAAUCUACGGCUGUAGCUGCUAUAAUCCCCAACCAAUCCAAGCUCCUGUUGAGACAGAAACAGUACAACAACUCCCAACUCCACUCCCAUUUGGAAACAGAGAGGAAGACAGAGAGAGACAGAGAGAGAGAGAGAAAGCACUAACCAAACUCCUAUUGAGACAUAGAGAGACUUUACACUCACCAAAACAGAGACCGUGCACCAAACCAAGCCCCACGGACGGACGUACAGAUUCCACGCCUGGUGACACUCUGGCUACUCUCCCGUCCCAUCGGCGCCAUGUUCUGGUCUCAGAGUGUAGCUGCCCCUCUGGUGCUGGUGUUGAACCCUCUCCUCCUAGUGUUGCUGCUGCAACAGCAGGUAACUGAGGCUGAGGUCUGGGCUGAGGAUGAGGUCUGGGCUGAGGCCGAGAUAGGGGCUGAUGCUGGGGUCGGAGCAGAGGCCGGGGUUGGGGUUGGGGUCUGGGUUGAUGCCGGAGUUGGGGCUGAGGCCAAUGUUGGGGAUGAGGCUGGGGUCAGGGGUGAGGCUGGGGUCAGGGGUAAGGCUGGGGUCAGGGGUAAGGCUGAGGUCGGGGCUGAGGUUGUGACUGAGGAUGGGGUCGGGGCUGAUUCUGGGGUUGGUGCUUGGGUCAGGGCUAAGGCUGAGGUUGGGGCUGUGGCUGUGACUGAGGCUGGGGUCAGGGCUAAGGCUAAGGUCAGGGCUGAGACUGUGACUGAGGCUGGGGUUGGGACUGAGGUCGGGGCUGAUUCUGGGGUCGGUGCUUGGGUCAGGGCUAAGGCUGAGGUCAGGGCUGGGGUUGGGGCUGGGGUUGAGACUGUGACUGAGGUCGGGGUUGAGGCCGGACCUGGGGCUGAGGCUGGACCUGGGGCUGAGACCGGACCUGGGGCUGAGGUCAGUUUCGGAGCUUGUUUGGCUGGGGUCGGGACUAGUGAGGCUGAGGAUGGGGCUGAGGUCGGGGCUAGUGAGGCUGAGGCUGAGGUCAGCAGCUGUCCCAAGGGAUGCCUGUGUUGCUCUGACAUCCUCAGCUGCGCCGACCAGGGUCUGAAGGCGCUGCCCUCUGAGCUGCAUGCGUACAUCACCACCCUAGACCUCAACCACAACCACCUGACUGAGUUGAAGGAGGGAAGCUUUGCCGCGCUGCCCCGUCUGGAGUCCCUCCGCCUGGCUCACAACCGGCUGAAAUGCCUUGAGGCCGGAACCUUCCGGAACAGCAGAUCGCUACGGCAACUGGACCUUUCGUCCAAUCAGCUAGACAAAGUGGAGGUGCACUACUUUCUGGAGCUGACAGGAUUGGAGGAGCUGCUGCUCUUCAACAACCGCAUCGUUCGGGUGGAGAGCAAGGCCCUUGCGGCACUCGGUAACCUGCGCAAGGCCUACGUCAGCCACAACCACCUCACGGACUUCCCAUUCUUCUCCAUCCAGGAGGACAGCCACCCCUUCCUGGCCACCAUGGACCUGUCCUCCAACAGCAUGUCCAAACUCCCCCUGGUGGACAUCGAGACCCUGCCGGCGGCCUUGCAGAGCGGACUCUUCCUCCACAACAACACCCUGAUCUGCGAGUGCGAAAUGUACAAUAUGUUCCGGCGCUGGGAACAGAAGGGAUUCACCUCCGUCAGGGAUUUUCGUGAGGAAUACACCUGCCUGGUGUACGGGGAACGCAAGGCCUCCGUUAAGUUUUUCCAGCACAGACGCUUCUUUGAACUGAACUUAAACUGCAGUUCGGCGGUGGCUGGAGCUGUCAGGGAGCCUGAGGGCAGCCUGCUGGUGUACGAAGGAGAUGGCGUGGUUCUGGACUGUCACACCACGCUCAGAGGACAGCACCUGACCUACCUGUGGGUCUCACCUCACCAUGGAGCCGGUGCUCCGCCGGAGAACAACGGCACUCUCCGCAUGCACGCCAACGGCAGCCUGGAGAUCUUAUCAGCGCAGGCUGAGGACUCCGGCGUGUACUGGUGCAAGGUCUUCGACGCAGUCAAGAAGAACGAGUCAUGGGAGGUCAACGUGACGGUGUUGAUGCGGCACGACGAGGCCGAGCCCUUCAACACGGGGUUUACAACCCUCAUAGGGUGCGUGACGACCCUCGUCCUGGUCCUCAUGUACCUCUACCUGACCCCCUGCCGCUGCUGGUGCUGCAAGCACCCCCUGCCGCCGGGUACCCCCAGCCCCGCCAACGACCAGUCCUCGAUCCUGACCUCCCCCCCACCCAGCACCACAGAGGGCCCAGGCCGCAAGAUGUGUGAAUCUACCUUUACUAUCACCGAUCAAACUCCUCGUCUGGGAGCAUGGAACAAUCUUCCAUCAUCACGGUAACAUCAGACGGCAGGGCAACCGACAGAGGCAGACUCCGGAUGAUGUCACAAAAACCACAACAACAACCAAUUUCCUGAAAAAAGAGAGAAGACUAAAGUCUUUAAAGUAGGACUGAAUAGUCUUCUAUAACCAGCUUCAACAAAGACCACUGUCUCCUGUAUAGGCACAGAGCGGUUUCUCCGUACACCACAAAUAAGAGCCAACUAACUACCUAUGCACAUCUCACUCAAUCACUGUGAAUUGUAAUGCUUUUAACGGAGCCACGAGGCCAAAUAUAUCAGUAUUGUUAGGCUAUAGCACGGCGAUGAAGAGGACAAUGUUAGCAAUCAUUUGAAACAUUAUUAUGUAGAUAGUGAAAGUAGUCUAGAGUAACACAAUAUAGAAUGGCUGACCUAUAGUAGUGCAGAAUUAUUUGUAGAUUAUUUAGUGUAGAUUAUUUGUAGAUUAUUUAGUGCAGAUUAUUUGUAGAUUAUUUAGUGCAGAUUAUUUGUAGAUUAUUUAGUGCAGAUUAUUUGUAGAUUAUUUAGUGCAGAUUAUUUGUAGAUUAUUUAGUGCAGAUUAAUUGUAGAUGAUUUAGUGUAGAUUAAUUGUAGAUUAUUUAGUGUAGAUUAUUUGCAGAUUAUUAGUGUAAAUUAAUUGUAGAUUAUUUAGUGUAGAUUAUUUGUAGAUUAUUUAGUGCAGUUUGUUUGUAGAUUAUUUAGUGUAGAUUCAUUGUAGAUAAUUUAGUGUAGAUUAAUUGUAGAUUAUUUAGUGUAAAUUAUUUGUAGAUUAUUUAGUGCAGAUUGUUUGUAGAUUAUUUAGUGCAGAUUAUUUGUAGAUUAUUGAGUGCAGAUUGUUUGUAAAUUAUUUAGUGUAGAUUCAUUGUAGAUAAUUUAGUGUAGAUUAUUUGUAGAUUAUUUAGUGUAGAUUAUUUAGUGUAGAUUAUUUUCAGAUAAUUUAGUGUAGAUUAUUUGCAGAUUUUUUGGUGUAGAAUCUUUGUAGAUUCUGUAGAUAAUUGGGACAAGAUGGGGUUGGGUGAGCAGGGGAUGGGCAAUAAAUAAAUGGGAUGAAAUGGAGAAAUUGCUUGAAUAUAUCAGAUAAAUAAAAUAUAUUUAACAUCUACAUAUUCCUUUUUUUCUGACUAUGAAUGGUGAUCAUGUGCUCUUUGCAUUAAGUGUUA